AUGUCUUCCUUCGCCCGUCCUGUCGCAAGUGAACUUGCGUCAGUCGACUUUUCCGUUUACACAUCCGAAGAUAUAAAAAAAAUAUCGGUCAAGCGCAUCUUCAAUACACCGUCUUUGGACUCUCUUCACAACCCUAUCCCUCAUUCUCUUUACGAUCCGGCUUUGGGAGCUUGGGGAGACCAUAUCUGCACUACUUGCCGUGCGAGUUCUUGGUCGUGCCCAGGUCAUCCUGGUCACAUAGAGCUUCCCGUCCCCGUUUGGAAUGUGACCUUCUUCGAUCAGGUGUAUCGCUUACUUCGAGCAAAGUGCGAUUACUGCCACCGCUUCCGAAUUUCUCGGAUUGAGAUUCAUACCUACAUCUGCAAAUUACGACUUCUUCAAUAUGGCUUGGUCGACCAGACAGCCGAGAUUGAUUUGAUAGGCGAGGAUCCACAGGAUGUCGCUGUUGACGCGGACGAGAAAGGGAACAUUGAUCCUCAGACAAAAAUGGAGCUACGAAACAAGUUCGUCAAGAGGUGCAUUCGCGAGGCCCAGAAGCAAGGUGACAAUGACGCUUUUUUUGGAGGAGCAAAGAAUCCAGUUGCGGCUGAGCAACGAAGGGAAUUGAUAAAGGAAUUCUUCAGGGAGGUUGCCAAGAAUCCCCAGAAAUCUUGCAGUAAUUGUCAUUAUGUUUCGCCAGGUUACCGAAAAGACCGCUACGCCAAGAUCUUUCGCAAAGCCUCGACUCCCAAGGCCCUCGUCGCAAAUCAAAUGGCCGGAAUGACAGCUCCCAAUCCUGUUAUUGUCCUUCAAGAGGAUAAGAAACUUCUCAAUAAAUACAAAGAGCAAGAGAAACAGAAUGGCACCACUGUUGGGGAUGUUACCGAACUUCACGGAGCCGAAGAGGAAGUCGUCCGAGCAAACGCGGCGAUUGACCAAGGCUCACUAGCUGGUGAAAAAAUAGGCGGACAGCAGUUUGUUUCAGCACCCGAAGUCCAUGCCGCUAUGUGCUUGCUGUUUGAAAAAGAGCGGGAGAUUUUGAACUUGGUUUAUAGCUCACGACUUGGCUUCAAGAUUAACCCAGACAUGAUGUUUGUGAGAAACAUUCUUGUUCCACCUAACCGUUUUCGUCCGCCUGCACAGCAAGGAGGUCAAAUCAUGGAGGCUCAGCAAAACACACCGUUCACCCAAAUUUUGAAGACGUGCGAUUUGAUAAACAUGAUCAGCCACUCACGGCAAACUGCGGAAACCGAUGGUGCUAGGAUGCGAGAAUAUCGUGAUCUGCUUCAGGCGAUCGUUACUCUUCAGGAGCAAGUCAAUUCCCUGAUUGAUAGUGAUCGUGGCCCUGGCGGAAUGGCUGCGGCGCGUGCGGCCAACGGUAUCAAACAGCUAUUGGAAAAGAAAGAAGGUCUUUUCAGAAAGAACAUGAUGGGAAAGCGUGUCAAUUACGCUGCCCGAAGUGUCAUUUCUCCUGAUCCCAGUCUUGAGACCCACGAAGUCGGUGUUCCCAUGGUUUUUGCUAAGAAGCUGACUUUCCCUGAACCCGUCACGUCCUUCAAUUUUCAUGAAUUGAGAGAGGCUGUCAUUAACGGACCAGACAAGUACCCUGGAGCUUCGGCGAUAGAGAACGAGUCCGGUCAGGUCGUGAACCUCAAGUUCAAGAAUCUUGAAGAGCGUACUGCACUUGCUAAUCAGUUACUUGCUCCGUCGCACGCAAAGAUGAAGGGUAAUCGCAACAAAAAGGUCUACCGACAUUUGACUACUGGCGACUAUGUCGUGAUGAAUCGUCAACCUACCCUUCACAAACCUUCCAUGAUGGGACAUCGUGCGCGAGUUUUGCCAAACGAGAGAGUUCUCCGGUUACCAUACCCAAACACAAAUUCGUACAAUGCCGAUUACGAUGGGGACGAGAUGAACAUGCACUUCCCGCAAAACACACUAGCUCGAUCUGAGCUCUUGAUGAUCGCAGAUGCUGACCGUCAAUACAUUUCUUCGACCGAUGGAAAGCCUCUUCGAGGUUUGAUUCAAGAUCAUAUUACAGUAUCCACCUUCUUGACGAGUCGAGACACGUUUUUUGACGAGGAGGAAUAUCACCAACUUUUGUAUAGUUGUUUACGACCGGAAAAUGCCAACACUGUCACCGAUCGAAUUCAGCUCAUGGAACCUGCCUUUAUUCGCCCUCGUCGUCUUUGGACUGGAAAGCAAGUCAUCUCAACAGUUUUGAAGAAUAUUAUGCCUCCCAACAGAAGAGGUCUCAACCUCCAAGGAAAGUCAUCUACUCCCGGAGAUAGAUGGGGCAAAGGAAAUGAAGAAGAUAAAGUCAUCUUCAAGGAUGGCGAGCUUCUUUGUGGUGUUCUUGAUAAGAAGCAGAUUGGUGCCUCAGGUGGCGGUUUUAUCGACGCUAUUCAUGAAAUCUACGGCAACACGGUUGCAGGUAGCUUGUUGAGUAUUCUCGGACGACUUUUAACCCGCUACUUGAAUAUGCGAGCCUUCAGUUGCGGUAUCGAGGAUCUUCGACUAACGCCGGAAGGAGAUCAGAAACGUGUUGAGAUUCUCAAGAAAGCCAGUGAACUUGGUAAAAGCGUUUCGUUGAAAUACGUCACACUUGACCAGAACCCGGUUGCUGACCAGGAUGCCGAACUGAAGCGUCGUCUUGAAGACGUCUUGCGUGAUGAUCAGAAGCAGUCGGGCUUGGAUAGUGUUUACAACUCUCAAACGAGCCAGCUUACCUCGGAAAUCACAGCUGGAUGUCUUCCACACGGUCUUAUCAAACAAUUCCCCUGGAAUCAGAUGCAGCUGAUGACUACGACUGGUGCCAAAGGUUCGAGCGUCAACGCCAAUUUGAUUUCAUGCAAUCUCGGACAGCAAGUUUUGGAAGGACGUCGUGUUCCGGUCAUGGUCAGCGGAAAAACGCUACCAUCUUAUCGAGCCUUUGAGACCCACCCCCAAGCUGGUGGGUAUGUAUGUGGUCGUUUCUUGACUGGUAUCAAACCCCAAGAGUACUUUUUCCACACCAUGGCUGGUCGUGAGGGUCUUAUUGAUACUGCCGUCAAGACCGCGAAGUCAGGGUACUUGCAGCGUUGUAUGAUCAAGGGUAUGGAAGCCGUGAAGGUUGAGUACGAUUCUUCUGUGCGAGAUACCGCCAAUGGAGGAGCCGUGAUCCAAUUCAUCUAUGGUGAAGACGGUCUGGACGUCGGAAAGCAGGUUCACUUACAGAAUUUCAGCUUCUUGGCGCAAAACUACGUCUCGACAAUGGCACAACUGAACAUGGGCUCGGACUUCCGCAUGCUCGAAAAGCCGGAAGUCACAGACUGGCACAAGGACGCUAUGAAGCAAGUCAAGAGGACUGGCAGGAUAGAUGCAAAAGACCCGGCUCUGUCCAGAUUCCAGCCUGGUGGACAUUUUGGAAGUGUUUCCGAGGCUUUCUCCCAGGCUUUGAAGAAGUACGAGGACAGCAACCCGGACAAACUUCUCAAGGACAAAAAAGCAGGCAUUGCUGGCUCACUCAGCAAGAAAGCGUUUGAAAGUGUUAUGCACAUGAAGUACUUGAACAGUGUUAUCGAUCCUGGUGAUGCAGUCGGUAUUGUUGCUGGCCAGUCUAUUGGAUCGCAAACCACUCAAAUGACACUUAACACGUUCCAUUUGGCAGGUCACAGUGCCAAAAACGUGACACUUGGUGUUCCUCGACUUCGAGAAAUUGUGAUGACAGCUAGUAAGAAGCCGAUGACUCCCACAAUGACUGUAGAAGUCAUUGAAGAAUUGAGUGAGGAGAAGGGACAGUCCUUUGCGAAGGGAAUCAGCAGACUCAGUAUAGCAGAGGUUAUUGAUACUCUGCAGGUGAGAGAGAGUAUCACUGAUAUCAAAGGGAAGAAAUUCAAGAUCUAUGAUAUUAAUAUCAAGUUCUUCGACGCUAAGGAAUACGAGGAAGAGUACGCUAUCAAGAAGCGUGAUCUUGUAAGAGCACUUCAGGAUGAUUUCCUUCCUAUUUUCAUGAAAAAGAUCGGAACCGAGGUCGACAGGCGUCAAGCGGAGCAAAAUCUCUCGGCAUUUUCAGCAGCUCAGCCUGAAAUUGGUGUCUCUAUCGGUACAACCGAGCGUUUUGAAGGUGCCGUUCGAGAAACACAGGCAGGGGGUGCGGGCAAUGACGACGACGACGACGAGGAUAAUGAGGACGAUGAAGAAGACGCAAAGCGUGCAUCAAGCAAAGCAAACCGUGAUAACCAGGUCAGCUACGAAGCGCCAGACGAGGACGAGGAUAUGAUCAGAAAAGAACAAGACGAAUCCGACAAUGAAGAUGACGACGAGGACAAUGAAAAUAAACAGGGACAAACAACCGACGAUUCAUCUGAAUCUUCUGACUCAUCUGACGAGGAAGAAAUGACAGAAGAAGCUAAACUCGAUCGUACUGAUGCAGCAGAGCGUACGAAGGAGAUAUUGGGCAAAUACCCCCAAAUUGCCUCCUUCAAAUUCAACGCUCUGGAAGGUAACUCAUGCUUCAUUCGUUUGCACUACGAUAUCAGUACACCUAAGCUCCUGGUUCUUCCUCUUGCCGAAGACUCUGCUCGUCGUGCUGUCAUCCAAGCCGUCCAGGAUAUCGGUGCAUGCCUUUACACGCCGGCCGAUCCAGAGAAGAAGGAGCCCGCCAAGAUUGACAUUCAAGGCGUCAACCUCAUGGCCAUGCGCGAUUACCAGGAAUACAUCAACCCGCAUACCAUCCGCACAAAUUCGAUUCACGACACGCUCAUCUACUACGGUGUCGAAGCAGCGCGCUCCACCAUCAUUCGCGAAAUGUCAGACGUUUUCACUGGUCACAGCAUCACCGUCGACAACCGCCAUCUGAAUUUGAUUGGCGACGUGAUGACGCACAGCGGUGGCUUCAAGUCCUACAGCCGUAACGGUCUCAUCCGGGAAAGCAAUUCACCCUUUUCAAAGAGUUCUUUCGAGACUAGUAUUGGCUUCAUGCGAGACGCUGUUCUGGAGCGUGACUUCGACGAUUUGAAGAGUCCUAGUAGUCGUAUCGUUGUCGGGCGCCUUGGUAAUGUCGGUACUGGCGCGUUCGAUAUCUUGGCUCCUGUGGCUUAA